GAGCGCGCAGGCAGGGCCCUGAGCGCACGCCGCCGCCGCCGCCACCGCCCGACCCGCCGCAUUGCUGCUACCGCCGCCGCCCCGGCCCGGCCCGCGGCCCCCAAUAUGGUGCAGCCGCCCGCGCCGCCGCCAGUGCGGCCGCCCGCGGGCCCGGCCGCCGCCCUCGGGCGCCCGCAGCGCGGCAGCCGCAGGUGGGGGGCUGCGCCCCGGGCCUGAGCCUCUAUCCCCGCGGCGGCCUGUACGGCCAGCCCCGCGGGCUCGCCUCUGAGGGGCACUUGGCGCUGAGGUGGAGCCGUUUGCACCAGCGCUGCUGCUCCUGCCCCCUCCCUCCCCCUCCCCUCCCCUCCCCCUCCCUCCUCCCCUCCGGUCCUGUCUCCAGCGGGAGCGCGAGACGCUGGUCAGGCUCCGCGGCGCAGCUCGAAAAUGAAUAAUCGCCCCCGAUUGACUUAAAUUCCACCGAAGCCGGCGCAGCGGCCGCCCGCCGCUCGGGAUCUGCUUGCUGUGUUUUUGCUUCUCCAUUCUUCCUUAAAAAAAAAAAAAUAGCAAAACAAAACCAGCAGCCAACCAACCAAGAAUCCGGUUUGUUGAUCGCCUUUUUUUUUUCACCGUUUGCGGGAUUUGCAAACCGAGUUACAUGCAUGUCCAGUGGGGGUAGGUUUAAUUUUGACGAUGGAGGGUCCUACUGUGGAGGCUGGGAGGACGGCAAGGCGCACGGCCAUGGCGUCUGCACCGGCCCCAAGGGCCAGGGCGAAUACACCGGCUCGUGGAGCCACGGCUUCGAGGUGUUGGGCGUCUACACCUGGCCCAGCGGCAACACGUACCAGGGCACUUGGGCGCAGGGCAAGCGCCACGGAAUCGGCCUGGAGAGCAAGGGGAAGUGGGUGUACAAGGGCGAGUGGACGCACGGAUUUAAGGGGCGCUACGGGGUGCGGGAGUGCACGGGCAACGGGGCCAAGUACGAAGGGACCUGGAGCAACGGGCUGCAGGACGGCUAUGGCACCGAGACCUACUCGGAUGGAGGGACCUACCAGGGCCAGUGGGUUGGUGGCAUGCGCCAAGGCUAUGGUGUGCGACAGAGCGUCCCCUAUGGCAUGGCGGCAGUCAUCCGCUCGCCCUUGAGGACGUCCAUCAACUCUCUGCGCAGUGAGCACACCAAUGGUGCGGCCCUGCACCCUGACGCCUCCCCGGCGCUGGCCGGCUCCCCGGCCGUGUCCCGAGGGGGCUUCGUGCUCGUGGCCCACAGUGACUCCGAGAUCCUCAAGAACAAGAAGAAGGGGCUGUUCCGGCGCUCGCUGCUGAGCGGGCUGAAGCUGCGCAAGUCGGAGUCCAAGAGCAGCCUGGCCAGCCAGCGCAGCAAGCAGAGCUCAUUCCGCAGCGAGGCUGGCAUGAGCACGGUCAGCUCCACGGCCAGCGACAUCCACUCCACCAUCAGCCUGGGGGAGGGCGAGGCCGAGUUGUCGGUCAUCGAGGACGACAUCGACGCCACCACCACCGAGACCUACGUGGGCGAGUGGAAGAACGACAAGCGUGCCGGCUUUGGCGUGAGCCAGCGCUCCGAUGGGCUCAAGUACGAGGGCGAGUGGGCCAGCAACCGGCGGCAUGGCUACGGCUGCAUGACCUUUCCCGACGGUACCAAGGAGGAGGGCAAGUACAAGCAGAACAUCCUCGUGAGCGGCAAGCGCAAGAACCUCAUCCCGCUGCGCGCCAGCAAGAUCCGCGAGAAGGUGGACCGGGCCGUGGAGGCGGCCCAGCGGGCGGCCACCAUUGCUAAGCAGAAGGCGGAGAUUGCAGCCUCCAGGACCUCCCACUCCAGGGCCAAGGCCGAGGCAGCCCUCACCGCAGCUCAGAAGGCCCAGGAGGAGGCACGGAUUGCCAGGAUCGCUGCGAAAGAGUUCUCGCCUUCCUUCCAGCACAGGGAAAACGGGCUGGAGUACCAGCGGCCGAAGCAUCAGGUUUCCAGCGAUGACAUCGAAGUGAUCUCCAUCGGGACGCCCCUGCAGCAGGAGAGCCCCGAGCUGUACCGCAAAGGCACCACCCCCUCGGACCUGACCCCUGAUGACAGCCCCCUGCAGAGCUUCCCUACCAGCCCCUCUGCCACCCCACCACCAGCCCCCGCUUCCAGGAACAAAGUCGCCCAUUUCUCCCGGCAGAUCUCGGUCGACGAGGAGCGAAGUGGGGACAUCCAGAUGCUCCUGGAGAGCCGGGGAGGGGACUAUGGCCGCAACAGCUGGGGCGAGGAGAAGGCUGGGGGCUCCAGGGGUGUCCGCAGCAGUGCCCUCCGCAGUGGCCAGCCCGCGGAGGACUUCCGCACCCGGGGCUCAGGCCACAAGCAGCCCGGCAACCCUAAACCCCGGGAGCGGCGGACGGAGUCGCCCCCUGCAUUCUCCUGGACUUCCCACCCUCGGGCCAGCAACCCCAGCCCAGGGGGGGCCAAGCUGCUGGAGCUGGAUGAGGAGAAGCUGAGCAACUAUGAGAUGGAGAUGAAGCCCCUGCUGAGGGUGGACUCCCACGUGCAGGAGCCGCACCCCCAGAAGAGACGCUACAGCAGGGGGGGCACCUGCCGGGGUCUGGGCGAGGACCGGGGCUUCGGGGCGCAGAGACUGAGGUCCAAGUCCCAGAACAAGGAGAAUGUCCGGCCAGCUGCAAGCACAGAGCCCGCGGUGCAGAGACUGGAGAGCCUGCGGCUGGGUGACAGGGCCGAGCCCCGGCUGCUGCGCUGGGACCUGACCUUCUCCCCGCCCCAGAAGUCCUCGCCUGUGCCACUGGAAUCAGAUGAGGAGAACGGGGACGAACUCAAGUCCAGCACGGGCUCGGCGCCCAUCCUGGUAGCCAUGGUGAUCUUGCUAAACAUCGGCGUCGCCAUUUUGUUUAUUAACUUUUUCAUCUGAUGAGAUUGUCAUGUUCGCAAAAACAACCGUUGGUGUACAAAAGGGGGACGUUAAAAGUAAAACAACAAAAAGGGAAGGAUCGUAACUCGGACAGCCCCACAGCUACUUCCGAGUCUUUUCACAGAACAACACGAUUGGGUAUUACUCACAGUUUGCCUUUUUUUCUGGGUAAUGUUUUUUGGAUUUUAGCCAAAAUUCUUUGCUUGUAUAACACUAUGCUGUGUGGCAUGGCAGAAGGAGGCCAGCACGCCGUCCCCUCCAGCUUGACAUGGAAAGAAAAGGGAUCCCAGCAAAUCAGCGGCAAAAAAAUUAAAUCACCGUCAUCACACUCCGCCUGGGAUGUGGAAAAGGAGGCAGCCUGAGGAAGACCCUCCCUCCCCCGAGGGUCCAGCGGGGCCCGGCCUGCAGGGAAGCAGCUGCCGUGAGGCGUGGCACGGAAGUGGGUUCACUCUGCUUUUCCUCUCUGUUCUGGAAUCGUGGGUGACAAGUAUGGGCGUGAGGCAAGGGGACACGGGUGUCCCGUUCCGGCUGGCGGCAGUCUAAGCCGCUUUCUAUUUUAAAUCUGUGCUGCAUACUUAAGGAAGAAGAGCUGCCUUCUCUUCCUCAUCAAACAGAUCACAACCCUGCCCUCUUCUCGGCACUGCCGCACGGCUUUCCUUGCAAGGCCGGCUCCCCACACAGUCUUAAAGCUAAGUCCUUAUUUUUGCCGCUGUCCCUCCCCAUUUUGCCACCCUCCUACCAGACCCCAGGGGAGCUGUGCUGCAGAAGCCCAGGGCUGGUGCUGGAGGGCAGGGAACAGUGCGAGGGCCCCCGGGCUCUGAGCGUGUGGCAUUCCUGCACUUACUGUGCAAGACGUGUAUCCAGGCUCCAGUGUCCCUGUCAGGUGUCUGUGGCAAUGACGGCCCUUCCAUGACAUCAUCUUUCACUGUCCUUAAGCCCAUGGGUUUCACAUCUUUGUCCUGUGCCUGAGACUCCUCCCCCCCCGCCCCCCCCAUGCACAAUCCUUCUAGAUGCCUCAUUCAUUCUCCAGAACUGGUCUGGUCCCAGGACAGGAGUGUGGUUGAAACCCAGUGGCUUGAAAAUUCCUGAGAAAUCGUUGCAUAUCCAUCUCCCCCAAAAUAUACAACGUAACUUGUUUCAGUCAAACAAAAACAGGUUCCUGGUGUUUCUGCCUUCUCUACAAGCGUUGCUCUGUCAUCCAAACAAAAGAACAAGGUUCCAGAAUGUCUGGGUGCCCCGUGGUCCUAGGUAUGGAGCCAGCCCCAGCCAGCUUGUAUGGGCGUGUCUGUGGGGGCAUGGGCACGUCCAUAUGUGGGUCCCCCUGAGCUCACGCCUGGAAGGUCCUUACAGUAAGUUCCCACAGUCAUCCUGGGUACAGCCCGUCUAUGACUCUGCCUUGCUUUGCUUAUGUUUAGCUGUUUCUCUGCUACCUUUCAAGCAGAUUUCUUUACUACACUGCACUGGAUUGCUAUAUUUUUAACCAGAAAUAAACUAAAGAUUAGAGCAUGUUCCAGUUAAAUUCAGUUUUAUUUUUUUCCGUUAUACAUUCACUCCCCUUUCCUUCUCACAGUUUGGUUUAGGUUGGGGUCUUUUUUGGGGGAGUGGGGACAUGGGAGAGGGAGGGAGGAUCCGUAGGAAAUACAUUUCUGAUAAUGUUGCUUUCUAAAGGGGUAUUACAUCUUUUUGUACAUCUUAUUUUCCGUUCCUCUUUUUUAAUAUCGAGUGGUUGCUGCAGACCUGAAGUGAACCAAAUAAAGAUGCCUGCUCCUUGCAGCUCUAAGAAUCAUCCAUGCUGGGAUAUGUGUUUUAUAAUUCUGUUUGCAACUCUUUGUAAAGAUUGUAGAGACUUAUUUUGUACAUUCCAAGAACUGCAUGACAAAAAUGGCACCUACAAACACAGGUUACAUACGUGCAAUCACCAUGAGGCAGUCAUGCAUACAAACAACAGCACAGCAACACACAUCACUCAACAGAAGCAGUAGUGGUUUCAUGACUAGGUGUCUGUACCACUCGUCUAGCUGCCAAUCACACACUUGCGAAAACCAAAUCAACACACCGACAUUCUGUCAGCACCUGCAGAGGGCAGAGCCACUUCCCUGUACUCCUGGUAAAUUCCAAGUGGAUUCCACCAAGACCAGAACAUACCGAUAGACUCCAGAAAGCUCAUUUUUAAUUGAUUUCCAAACAGUGUGAUUAAAGACCAGGUUGCCUCCCGGGCUCCCUGCAGACCGGCCGAAUGCUUUUAGCUCAGCCCUCUUGCUUUUUCCACCUGCCCAGAGCCUCAGGUUUCCCCGCCAGGUGCGCCAGUCACCUCCCUCCGGGGCCAGGUCAGCUGACCUGCUUUUCUCAUGCUCUCCUGGUGGAUGUGCGGGUGCUGAGCUCCACAAGGACACGCGGGAAUGUGGGGAGAAUGGACGUGUGUGUCAUGGCUGGCCCCCAGUGGUGCCGAGCGCUGACAAGUUUUAAUUAAUCCCAGAACAACCUCGUGAGAGUCAUUUCUCCCCCGACACGCUCUAGAUGUGAAAACCGGAGGCAGAGAAAUUGAGUUACUGGAAAUACUGGGCCAGAGCCAUGGAGAAGAGGGGGACAGUCACCACCCCAUGUGCACUUCUCCCUACCCACCCAAGGCUGGGGACCUACACUCACAGCUUACCCUAAAAUCACUGGGAAGGACGCUGCUUUCUAAGGUCACCAGGGGACAGUCAGUGCCUGUGGCUCACCCACUCCAUUUACCACAAAAGUGAGGAGCCUUGUGCAUUGGAUUUACUUGUGCUUUUUAAAGUCUGCUUAGUGCCCGGAUAAUUCAGGCCCCUGAAAAAUUCUCUUUAUCCAUCCUUCUGAACUCUUAAGUUUUGUAAUCGUUAGCACACAGGAUUCCCAAAGACAGAGAUCAGGUAUGCAAUACACAAGCCGAAAUAGCUGAAAAGGAAGAUGAUGUCAACACAGAAAAGUUCAGUGCAGCCACAAAAAUGCAAAGGCUGUUGCGGGAACCAUUGGAGGAGAGGGAGGGGUCACCGAAAUGCAAGGGCUCUGACUCACUUUCCUAAGAAGUCCACAACCACAUCUAACCACCAAUACUCACUUCUUUGAAACGCCACAGUGUGGGGUGUGAGCAAACACCGACCGUGUCUCCCCGAAA